AAACUUCAGUUGGAGGUAAAGCAAACCAAUACCAAGCAACGCUCAUUCGUCCAUUCUUUUUGCUCUUAAUAUCAUAAACCCUCUGCUUCAGAAGCAAGGCAAAAGUUUAGUUUUCUUCUCGUCCCAGGUCACUUUCUCUCGAACUACCCUUCUUGGACUGGAAAAAAAAAAUGAUCCCCAUUAACCUCAAAGAUUAUAACCUAAGUGUCAAGCAAGGUUAGGUGAAGGAUAGCAACCUUAACACCAGCUCCCCUUCUGCAGCCUUCCUUUUACAGUAUCAUCUGGAGGUGAGUUUGUGCUGUGAUUCAUUUGGGUUCUUCUUCGAAUACUUUCAAAUGAGGUAGCCAGAGAGAUAGAUAGAGAGAAAGAAGAGGAACCCAAGGUGGGUUACACCCGAAGUUGUGUUCUGUUUCUGUUGUUUCAUUUCUUUCUGUCAAAAUGCAACUUCAGAUAUCGCCAAGCUUGCGGCAUGUAACGGUGCUUCCUGGUAAAGGGGUGAGGGAUUUUAUCAAGGUGAAGGUUGGAACCAGAAGAGUUUCCUACCGAAUGGUUUUCUACUCGCUUUUGUUCAUGACUUUUCUUCUCCGGUUUGUAUUCGUAUUGACGGCCAUGGAUACCAUAGACGGAGAAAACAAGUGUUCUACUAUAGGAUGCGUGGGGAAGAGACUAGGACCAAGAAUUUGGGGAAGAAGGCCAGAAUCAAUGAAUGUGCCUGAAGAGAUUUAUCGAGUCUUAGAAGAAAACCAGGACCCAGAAGAUACACAAGAAGCAUCAGAGGUUCCACAGUCGUUGGAGGAAUUCAUUGCAGAAAUGAAGAGCAACAAAUCUGACUUGAGGACCUUCACUUUGAGGCUCAAGUCUAUGGUGUCUGUUAUGGAACAAAGGACCCGAGCAGCUAAAAUCCAAGAAUACUUGUACCGCCACAUCGCAUCCAGUAGCAUACCGAAGCAGCUACACUGCCUUGCUCUAAAGCUGGCUAACGAGCACUCCACCAACGCCGGUGCACGACUCCAGCUCCCUGCGCCGGAGUGCGUACCUUUCCUCGUCGACAACUCCUUCUUCCACUUCGUCCUUGCCUCCGACAACGUCCUGGCAGCCUCCGUCGUGGCAUCAUCCCUCAUCCGCAACUCGUUGAGGCCCGAGAAGGUUGUCCUUCACAUCAUCACCGACAGAAAGACCUAUUCCAGCAUGCAGGCGUGGUUCUCUCUGCACCCUUUAACGCCUGCCAUCAUUGAGGUUAAAGGUCUGCACCAUUUCGAUUGGCUUACUAAGGGGAAGGUUCCCGUGCUAGAGGCGAUGGAGAAGGAUCAAAAGGUCCGGUCACAGUUCAGGGGAGGAUCAUCGGCAAUUGUCGCGACUAACACCGAGAAGCCUUACGUCAUUGCGUCGAAGCUGCAAGCACUUAGUCCCAAAUAUAAUUCAGUAAUGAAUCACAUACGCAUACAUUUACCAGAGCUUUUUCCGAGUCUUAAUAAGGUAGUCUUCCUAGACGACGAUAUCGUGGUCCAAACUGAUCUUUCACCUCUCUGGGAUAUCGACAUGGAAGGCAAUGUCAAUGGAGCAGUUGAGACCUGCAGGGGAGAUGAUAAUUUCGUCAUGUCCAAACGAUUCAAGAGCUAUUUGAACUUCUCUAACCCAUUAAUAUCAGAGAAUUUUGAUCCUGAUGAAUGCGCCUGGGCCUAUGGCAUGAACAUUUUUGAUCUAGAAGCCUGGAGAAAGACAAACAUAAGUGCAACCUACCAUUAUUGGCUUCAGAAGAACUUGAAAUCGGACCUAAGCCUCUGGCAACUGGGGACGUUGCCUCCUGGUCUAAUAGCGUUCCAUGGCCACGUUCAUAUUAUCGAUCCAUUCUGGCACAUGUUGGGGCUUGGAUACCAGGAAAAUACGAGUAUCGCAGAUGCUGAAAGGGCUGGUGUUAUCCAUUUUAAUGGCAGAGCAAAGCCUUGGCUUGAGAUAGCGUUCCCCCAUCUGCGGCCAUUAUGGGCAAAGUACGUCAACUUCUCAGAUAAGUUCAUAAAGACCUGCCAUAUCAGAGCUUCCUAGGUUGGAACUUGAAGAUGACAACAUCAACCAAGGAUGGCAGUAGAGAUAUAGCUAGGUGAGAAGGAAUGGAAACCGACAGACCUUAACGAGCUGAGGGUCUUCGAUGACCAGGUGAAGGGGAGGGGUGACUUGUGAGGAGUUAGGACCAUCCUCUGGUCUUAGGAACUAAACUCGAUCUGCUUCCCUUGUUGGAAGGUGCCAAUUUGACUUCUUUAUACAUAAGAGUGAAAGGCAUUCUGAAACAUCCAUAUGUAUCCUGUGGGAAAGUGUUCAUAGAGAAAUGAAGAGUGCUUUCGAAAUACAUGAUUGGUUGAUAGCUGAAUCUUAAA